UGAAGCUGAGGUUAUCAGAAACGUAGUUUUAGCUUAGCUUAGCUUAAUUGACCACCCGCGAGUUUCCCGUGAUUGAGCAAAGCCUGUUGAAAUUCCAUAUUGAACCAAUUGUAUGAUACUUGGGAGUAGUAUAUCAUACUCAUCGGUUUCAUAGUGAUCGGCAAGCAGAUGAAGCGAUUAUAAGGUGGAAACCAGUUAGCGAGCGAAUCCCCUGCCCUUUUGCUCAGUAAGGGGAAUGGGCACGUUGUGCCAGGUUGGUCGAGGCACAAUUCGAUUGUAAGUCAGUGAAUGCUUGACGCGCAAAAGUGCCUGAGCCGAUGGCAAUCACUGUCAAGGAUCAAUCGAAGACUUUGAAAUGGAAACAUGUACCUCAUUAAAAGCAGUUUAGUUUACAUUGUCAUAAUUAAAUAAUUAAAAUAUAAUAUAAUUAAAAAUACUUAAUAUUCAAGUGUGUAUGUGUUGAGGACAACCCUAUCGCGGUGUAUUAAUUAGUACCCCGUUCAGCGCUAGGCUCUAACUCGGCAGCAUAGCUGUCAAUGUGUGAUGCCUGAUAAGCGCAUCAAUGAAAUGUUUUUGUGGUUGUCAGUUUCAGUUUGUUUACGUCCUGUAUAAAGUUGUACCGUGCUUUUAAUGUGUUCGAUAAAAUAUAGUUUGUUUUAAUUGUUAUCGUUCGCGUUUUAUUCCCCUGAUAUAGAGACGAUCCGUAAGCAAGUGUCGGGGACUUACACGGUACAAAAGUGGCGACGAGAAUUCGCGAGUGUGGGUAGUUUUAUUCGCCGAUAAACAAAACUAACCCAACAUUUCGUCACCCGCGCGGAAGAAAAGAAAGUGGAGUGCGAUGGCUGAUGACGGUAGUGAGUUGAACGGACAAAAUGGUGUUGACCCCCCAGGACUGUUAAAUCAACGGCAGCAGUUGAAUCAGCAGAUUAAUCCCGCACCAGCGGCCCACCAGCAGCAGCAAUUUUUCGCUCCCGUUGUGACUACACACCAGCAGCAGCAGCCGUUCAUUCCCGUUUCUGCAGCUCAGCAGCAGCUGUUUACAAACAUUCCGCCCCACCAAUCGCAACCCCAGGUCAGUAAUGAUAUGCUCAUGCAAAUAAUGCAGAUGAUGCAACAGACGAUUGCUCAAAGCCAACAGCAGUUUGCUCAAAGCCAGCUCCAACACCAACAGCUUAUGGCUCAGCUGGUACAGCGGCAGCAACAGUCCGACGAGCAGCAACAACAGUUUUUUCGUACUAUUGCAUCGUCAAUAAACGUGCAAGUACCACCGAACCCGGAACAGAUCCUUGACUCCUUGGCAAGCAAUAUCAAGGAAUUCCGGUACGAGAUCGAGAGUAAUGCCACUUUCGCAGUGUGGUACUCUAGAUACGACGAUCUUUUCGAGAAGGAUGCUGCUAGGCUGGAUGACGAGGCAAAAGUUCGUCUCCUAAUACGAAAGUUGGGUUUAGCAGAGCAUGAGAGGUACGUAAGCUUCAUUUUACCAAAGUUUCCCAAGCAUUUUAGUUUCGCACAGACAGUUGACAAGCUCAAGAGCCUGUUUGGAGCGAAAGAGUCGGUUAUCAGUCGUCGAUACCGAUGUCUGCAAAUCGCGAAGAAUCCUACUGAGGAUCAUGUGGCGUUCGCGUGUAGGGUAAACAAGGCUUGCGUAGAAUUUGAACUGGGAAAGCUCACGGAAGAACAGUUCAAAUGCUUAGUAUACGUGUGUGGUCUGAAAUCGGAGAAUGACGUCGAGAUUCGUACCCGUCUCCUUACAAAAAUUGAGGACAAUAACGACGUUACAUUGGAGCAGCUCUCCGAGGAGUGUCAGCGUCUGUACAACCUCAAACACGACAGUGCGAUGAUUGAGUCUGCAGCACCAUACAAUCAAGUGCAAGCGAUACAAAAGUUUGGUGGGAAGCGAUUAGGCGAGCGUGACCGAGAGUCACCACAACUGUCUUCGAGUGCUACCGGAAGGAAGCCAAGUUAUCCUUGUUGGCUUUGCGGUGCAUUACAUUUCGUCCGAGACUGUAGUUACGACAACCAUAAGUGCUCCGAUUGCGGCCAAGUCGGACAUCGUGAAGGAUACUGCGACAGUGCAAAGUCUCGGAAACCUGGAAGCAGACGUAAGAAGCGAGACGUCUCAGCCAAAGUGGUGGUGGUCGACGUAUGCAGCGUGGAGCAGCGACGCAGAUUUGUAUCUGUUGGCCUAUCUGGAACGGAUAUUCGACUGCAACUUGACACUGCAUCUGACAUCACUGUCAUCAGCAGGGAGAGUUGGCAGAAACUCGGUAGCCCUGCGCUUUUGCCAGCAACAGUCAAAGCGAAGACAGCAUCUGGUAACAUUUUGUCACUCGAUGGGGAAUUCGAGUGUGACGUCACAAUCGGAGAAAGUACACGACGUGAUCUGAUCCGUGUUACCGAGAAACAACUACAUCUACUCGGUUCCGAUUUAGUCGAGAGUUUCAACCUUUGGUCCGUGCCCAUGGACACCUUCUGCUGUCACGUGUCAGGCUCUCCUGCGGCACCCGCUGCACUGCAAUCGAUUUUUCCAAACGUGUUCACCGAUCAGCUCGGUUUGUGCAGCAAAACUAAAGUGAAGUUGGAGCUAAAAAAAAGUGUUCGACCCGUCUUCUGCCCUAAGCGCCCGGUUGCGUACGCGAUGUAUGAUGCCGUUGACCAGGAACUCGACCGACUGGAAAAUUUAAAUAUCAUCACCCCAGUCGAAUAUUCGGAGUGGGCUGCUCCGAUCGUUGUCGUCCGUAAAGCCAAUGGUUCCAUUCGAAUUUGUGGAGACUAUUCCACGGGGCUUAACGCUGCGCUCCAACCAAAUCAGUAUCCACUUCCCCUACCGGACGAUAUCUUCGCCAAGCUGACUAACUGUAAGGUGUUCAGCCAGAUCGAUUUGUCCGACGCUUUCUUGCAGGUGGAAGUCGACGAACAGUACCGUAAGUUGCUAACCAUCAAUACGCAUCGUGGCCUCUACUCCUACAACCGCCUCCCGCCAGGUGUGAAGAUCGCACCUGGUGCCUUCCAGCAGCUCAUCGAUACAAUGCUAGCCGGUCUGCAGUGCACGUGUGGCUACCUCGAUGACGUCAUCGUCGGCGGAAAAACUGAAGAAGACCACGAUCGCAAUUUGCGGGCUGUUCUGAAACGAAUUCAGGAUUUCGGGUUCACCAUUCGAGUCGAUAAAUGCACCUUCCGAAAGCAGCAAGUGCAGUACGUGGGUCAUAUUGUCGACAGUCGCGGAUUACGUCCAGAUCCGGCCAAAAUCGAAGUGAUAUCCAAGCUGCCGCCUCCAACCGAUGUAUCUGGUGUGCGAUCAUUUUUGGGGGCUAUCAACUACUACGGCAAGUUUGUUCCCAAUAUGCGCAAGUUACGAUAUCCGCUGGACAACCUUCUCAAGGACGAUGCGAAGUUCCAGUGGACUGAUGAGUGCCAGAGAGCGUUCGAGCACUUCAAACAAAUACUCUCCUCGGAUCUACUUCUCACACAUUAUGAUCCGAAGCGGGAGAUUAUUGUCUCUGCCGACGCUUCUUCCGUUGGGCUCGGGGCAACGAUUAGCCACAAGUUCCCCGACGGCACAAUCAAAGUCGUCCAACAUGCUUCCAGAGCACUCACAAAAGCUGAACAAGGCUACAGCCAACCGGAUCGUGAAGGUUUAGCUAUCGUCUUCGCCGUCACGAAGUUUCACAAAAUGCUCUUCGGACGGCACUUUCGUUUGAAAACCGACCACCAGCCUUUGCUCCGUAUCUUUGGUUCUAAAAAGGGAAUACCGGUCUACACAGCCAACCGCCUCCAACGAUUUGCGCUUAAUCUACUGCUUUACGAUUUUGACAUCGAGUACGUGCCCACCCACAAGUUCGGCGACGCAGACUUACUCUCGAGGUUGAUCAACCAGCACGUCAAACCCGACGAAGACUAUAUCAUCGCCAGCAUCAACCUGGAAGAGGACCUCAGGUCGGUAGUAUCUCAUACAGUUAAAGCUUUGCCUCUCAAUUUCAGAGCCGUCGCACAAAGCACCCAAGCAGAUCCACUGCUCCGAAAAGUCUACCAUCACAUUCAGCACGGUUGGCCGCAAUCUGAACAUUCAGAAUCCGACAUCCAGCGAUUCCAAGCCAGACAGGAAUCACUCUCCGUGGUAGAUGGGUGCAUCAUGUUUGCCGAACGGCUCGUCAUCCCGUCGCUCCAUCGCAAGCGAUGCCUCGAACAGCUCCAUUGUGGCCAUCCUGGUAUGCAGCGUAUGAAGGCCCUCGCUCGAAGCUACGUGUAUUGGCCCAGUUUGGAUGCUGACAUCGUCAACUUCGUCAAGGCAUGCCAACACUGUGCGGCCGUAGCCAGGUCACCUCCUCACUCUUCACCGGUGCCGUGGCCCAAGCAGACCGCUCCGUGGCAGCGCGUCCACGUGGAUUAUGCCGGUCCAAUCGAAGGCGAAUAUUACCUGAUCGCCGUCGACUCCUUCUCCAAGUGGCCAGAAAUCAUUCAAACGUCCCGUAUAACCUCGGCGGCAACCAUCAGCAUUCUCGGUGGGUUGUUUGCUCGGUUGGGUAUGCCUGUUACACUAGUCAGCGACAACGGAACCCAAUUCACGAGCGCUGAAUUCGCAGAUUUCUGCGCCUCAAACGGCAUCGAACACCUCACAACUGCUCCGUUUCAUCCACAAUCAAAUGGCCAAGCUGAACGAUUUGUUGACACGUUCAAAAGGGCUGUUACAAAAAUUCGAGAGGGGAGAGGAUCGAUACAGCAAGCGUUAGACAUAUUCCUGUUAACGUACCGAAGUACACCCAACCGGGCACUGCCAGACCAAAAGUCGCCGUCCGAGGUAAUGUUUGGUCGCAAAAUACGCACCUGUCUCGAGCUGCUACGUCCCCCAACGGUACGAACUCCAGUGGCAUCGUCGGACGAUCACACAAAACCGAGGUUCUUCAGCCGGAACGAUUUGGUUUACGCUAAGCUUUAUGGCCGUAAUGGUUGGAAGUGGGCUCCUGGAACAAUCAUCGAAAAAAUAGGAGACGUGAUGUAUAACGUAUGGGUCGAUGAUCGCCGAAUGCUGCGUUCCCAUAUCAACCAACUCCGGAGUCGCCUAGCUGUUGACUCGAUACCAAAGCAACCUGCCAAUCAAGCCACCUCUCGUCAGUAUUCGUUGCCGCUCGACAUCCUGUUGGGUGCCUGGAAUCUACCAAAUCAAUCUUCUGGCACGCCAGCACCGUCCCUUGUUGCGAGCGGAUCUGAAUUAUCACCUGUCUCCAGUCCCGAGCAUACCUUGCUAGGUUCAGUGCCGGCGCUUGCGUCGUCUACACCACAGCAGGAAGUCUCGGCUUUCCCAUCAACGUCAUCGACAUCAACAACAUCAACUGAAUUCGAAUCCGCCAUCGAAGUCGAAUCCGUGGUAAAUCUACCUAGACGUUCUUCACGAACCCGAAGACCGCCGAACAGGUUUGAUCCGUACCACCUUUAUUAAGAGGGGAGAUGUUGAGGACAACCCUAUCGCGGUGUAUUAAUUAGUACCCCGUUCAGCGCUAGGCUCUAACUCGGCAGCAUAGCUGUCAAUGUGUGAUGCCUGAUAAGCGCAUCAAUGAAAUGUUUUUGUGGUUGUCAGUUUCAGUUUGUUUACGUCCUGUAUAAAGUUGUACCGUGCUUUUAAUGUGUUCGAUAAAAUAUAGUUUGUUUUAAUUGUUAUCGUUCGCGUUUUAUUCCCCUGAUAUAGAGACGAUCCGUAAGCAAGUGUCGGGGACUUACACGGUACAAAAGUAUGUAU